ACAUUUUAUUCACAAACUAGUACGAAACGAAUUCCGUAAGAGUAACAAGUAUACAAAACGGUUGCAAAAUGGGUGUAAAGUCAGUCCUUGCGUUGGCAUUUGUGCUAGCUGUGGUAGCCGCAGCAAAUAUUCCACUGAACAAUGUUGCGUUUGCUCAACAUUAUAAAAAUAACAGUACCAAUUCAAGUCUGUCCCAUAAUCUGAUCGUGGGAAGCAGACUACCAGGCGAUCGACUAGUUCGUCAACAAAGUGUCGUAAGGUCAUCUUCUUGGAUGCAAGUUACCACCUGGCAGCAGACUUUCAACGCUACCCUAUACACCUAUAUCACCCAGGUCCGAUCAUUGGAUCAGAAGACAAACGGUAACGGUGCUCAAGCUUCACUGAUAGCUGGAGGUCCUGGAUAUAACUACGUAACACUCAGAUUCAAGAGUCAAAGAGGACAUGGAAUUAAUCACGUAGUACAACUCUACGCCCGUUAAACUGUAUAAGUCGACGUCGAAUUUCGGAAUAAAAAGUUUGUUCAUUCUGCAUUAA